AUGCAGGCCAUCCUAAGGGGGCUUCUGCUGGUCUGGCCGGCUCUCGCCCAGGAUGCCAGCUGCCCCGUGAACGCUGACGGCAGCGGUGCUUGCACCAGGCCCAGCAAGGCAGAUGCGAAUCACACUUUGCGCUGUCGCGCACAAGGGUUUGACCCGGAAAAACUGGGCUGCCAGACAUGCCGCGUUUUGGAGCAGAGGCUCAAAGAAAGCGGCGUGGCUUCCGCGACCCUGGCAGGGAACUGCCUUGAGUGCUGUGAAGAGGAGCCUGUUCUCGAGCUCUUCCCAAAGGCAAGGCUCAUUGCCGACGCCUCGCAGCAGGAACGAGACCAGGACCUCCAUGAUUUCAUCAAGAGAAAAGCGCCACGCAUCCGAAACCUAGAGGUGGAUUACCAAGCUGGCUCUUGGCCAGCCAUCGAGCUAGAAACCAAUGACGGGUCCGGAAGAGUUCUGCGUGCAGACGUGAAAGAUUGGAAAUCCGAUCACCUGGUGCAGUUCCUCAACAUGCGCCUGGAGGCUGCAGAGGACCAAGACAAAACAGGAGCCAUUGGAGGAGCUUGGAGCGCUGAAAUCCAGAGCUGCUCCGGCUGA